AGUAGAUUUUUUGCCAGAGCUCCGUGAGAUGGAAGUGCCUUGUCAAGAAAUCUCCAAAGUUGAUAGCCAAUCGUCAAUCUUACCAAGGCUCCCUUCAUGUAAAAGAUCUCUUUUUGAGGCUUUCAACCAAGAAAAGAGUGAUCAAUCACUUUCGCCUCCUUUGCCCCAAAUCUCUCAAGAGGAACUUAAUAUGGCUGUAAGCUAUGUUGUGGAUAACUCUGAGCCAAAAGUAACAUCGCUGCUAGAUGAUUAUAAGGACUGUUUGGGCCCGGAUGACACACUAAUCAAAACAAAGGUAAAAAUAUCGAUAUAUGUGAGGGAUUUAAAAACAUUGUACCCUCCAACAUGGCUGAAUGAUCAGAUCAUCAAUGUCUACUUCGAGAUGAUUGCAGAAAGGGGAGCACCGUCAAUUUACGCCUGCAACACCUUCUUCUUUCAACAGCUGGUACGUGGAGGAUACACAUCUGUAAAAUCAUGGACUAAAAAGGUUCGAAUAUUCUCCAUGCGAAUGAUGAUGGUACCAAUUCAUCUGGGUGCUCAUUGGUGUUUGGCGGUGGUAAACUUUGAAGAUCAAUCGAUCAUUUAUUAUGAUAGCCAGUAUGGAAAAAAUGAUCCAUGCCUCCAAGCUUUGCUGGAUUACCUGUGCGAAGAGCACCUGGCCGUGGAAAAGAAGCCCCUCGAUCGAACUUUAUGGACCCUACAUCACGCCAAGGGUAUUCCAAGGCAAUUUAAUGGGUAUGAUUGUGGAGUGUUUGUCUGUGCUUAUGCUGAGCACAUUUCAAGAGGCGAGCCACUCAAUUUUUCAGCGAAGGAUAUGUAUAACAUUCGAGGACAAAUAUUGGAUGAAAUAAUAUCCAAUGUGUUACACUUCCCUUCGAACACAAAACACUACAGGAGAGAAAACUAAUCAGCAUUGGAUCGACUACCUUCUUCUGCUGCAACCUUGGACCCUGUCGUGAUCGGAGAAAUAAAAAAAAAGAUAAGUAUUUUUUCAAACAUAACAUCUGUCUGAAAUGCUGAUAUUGGAAUAGU